CUGCUGCUGGCUGGAUUCUCUGUCAUAUGUGUUGGCUCAGCCUCUGAUGUCAUUGGAUGAGCAGUGCGGGUUUCCAGUGCGCACCUUCGGGGACGCAGCGGCGACACGGACACUGAAUUUUCCAGCUCGCUCACCAAACUAGUCACAAACCCUCUGCUGGUACCACAUUUCCUCCACUCAGACCUUCCUUUAAGCUGCUCCUCACCAAGCUGGCUUCAUUUGAAUGAACUUUUCGGAGGCGGAGAAACAGCAGUGGUGGGAGAUUCGCAUGUGUUUGGAUGUGUGAGAGCAGCUGAAGUUGAGCGGUGAGUUUACGCCCCGGCAGCAGCAGCAGCAGCGUCCGGCAGCAUGGAGAGCAGCGUGGUGCACAUCUUCAAAGAGGACCGCUGUCCGUCGGGUCAGCCGGGAGAGUGCGUCCCAAACUUCACCUGGCAGCCCAGCUUGUCCGACAUCUUCAACUACACUCCCAACGGCACCUGGGAGGCUGAAGGCGAGCCCAUGUCGCCCAUCAUCCCCAUCAUAGUGGCCGUCUACUCCGUGGUGUUUGUGGUGGGCUUGGUGGGCAACUGUUUGGUCAUGUAUGUUAUCAUUAGAUACACCAAAAUGAAAACAGCCACAAACAUCUACAUCUUCAACCUGGCUGUGGCCGACGCUCUGGUCACCACCACCAUGCCCUUCCAGAGCACCGACUACCUGCUCAACUCCUGGCCCUUUGGUGAGGUGGCGUGCAAAGUCUUCAUCUCCAUUGAUUACUACAACAUGUUCACCAGCAUCUUCACCUUGACCAUGAUGAGUGUGGAUCGCUACGUGGCCGUCUGCCAUCCCGUUAAGGCCUUGGAUUUCCGCACGCCUGUCAAGGCCAAGAUUAUCAAUGUGAUCAUCUGGGUGCUGUCAUCGGCUGCUGGGAUCCCUGCCAUGGUACUCGGCAGCACUAACACCAAUAACGGGACUACAGAAUGUGCUUUACAGUUCCCUGAGCCCUAUACCUACUAUGACACGCUGAUGAAGAUCUGUGUCUUUAUUUUUGCCUUUGUGGCACCUGUCAUCAUUAUUACCGUCUGCUACACGCUGAUGGUCAUGCGGCUGAAGAGCGUGCGCCUGCUGUCGGGUUCACGCGAGAAGGACCGCAACCUGCGUCGCAUCACUCGGCUGGUGCUCGUGGUGGUGGCCGUCUUCGUGGUGUGCUGGACGCCCAUCCACAUCUUCAUCCUGGUCAAGGCGCUGUCAGCCAACGUCCCUGAGACUACCGCCGUCAUGGCCGCCUACUUCUUUUGCGUGGCGCUGGGCUACACCAACAGCAGCCUCAACCCCAUCCUCUACGCGUUCUUGGACGAGAACUUCAAGAGGUGCUUCAGGGACUUUUGCUGCCCAGGAGCCCAAGGACACAGUGGCUGUCAGGGAGUGAGCCGAGUCAGAAGCACCCUGCGGGAUCAUUCAUGUCCUACAGAAGCACGGGGAGGAGUGAAGCAGGCCAGGUCCGUAUGACUAGCCAUGGACAUGUCUUUGAUGCCCCAUCAGGGCUGGGAGGACUCCAAUGACCUGGGUUUGACUCAAGUCACCACUGCCAUCUGAGCAAGAGCCUAGACGGAGAGCGAGAUGGGAUUUCUGCAUCCAAUAUGUUGGUCAAAUAGUCCAAAAACGUGUUCACAUAAAGAAUAAGCAAAGUAAACUAAGUUCUUCUUAGUGUUACCAAGUUCAAUGAAAAGUCCGAGAAACAACAAUCAUUUCAUUCCACUAAUUUGACACACACUAUGUUGUCAUGAAUACUCACUAACACACUAAACUGUAUUAAUCCACUGCUGAAAAUUGUCCCCAUCAGAUCCACCAUUUACCCCAGGUUGAAAACAAUUUUAAAGAGCGUCACACCAACAUGCUUUGGUUUAUUGGAUUCGUUGAGAAAACAUUAGAUAUGUCCUCUAAAAUAAACUUUAUUCUAAACAUUUUAAUCAUGUGAGAAGCAUAAACCUGUUCAAUCAUUCUAUCCUGUCAUUAUUUCUGCCAUUCCUACUGAAGAAAUUCAAGCAUCUAUGAGGACAUGUACUUUUCAAAUGAUUUGUGUUUCAUAUCAACACCGCAUAGAUGGAGAAAGAUGUCCAAACAAGAUAAACCAAAAGUAUUUGUGUGGCUAAUUUCACAUGACAUGUAUAUUUGCAUUUAAGUAAAUAAUGUAGUUCUCACAUGCACAAAAAGAUCAAUUGAUGCUGUAGGCACAGAAUGAAAAUAAACGGUUGUCCCUGCUUAUUUAGGGAGCAACAUGCAGUACGAGCAUCCGUUUAAAGUGACAUUGUUUUAUGUGAAUACUAGUUUUGUGCUUAGCUGGAUUGUACAUGUGUGAAUAGCUUUUAUCUCUGCAUAUUCUACCUUUGACAUGUAUGUAUGUAUGUAGAAUAUUAAAUAACCUCUCAGGGAUGAAUCCUCUAAUUCACAACUCAAUCACUGAAGGUUCUCAAUCUAAGUAUUUUCUCCCCUCAUCCGACGGCUGGAUUUCACUAGAACUCACUGUGAAAUCAGCAGCUAUUGUUCUUUGAAGCUGGACUUUGUGCUAUGAUAAACUAGAAUUACUGCAUCUGACGCUGUUCCACACCUUUAAGCUAUUGCAGCUGUGAUGCCGUGUCUCACCGGCAAGAUGACAAAUAUUGUGCACAGUGCCAACCUGGCAUGUUCUCACCUUGUCUUAAAUGACAGCUAUGUGAAAACUGGGCAGAGGGCUCCAAGGCAACUGCCAACAUGACAAUAACAAACUUCUACUUGAUUUCACGCUUAUUCUGUACAUUUCUGCUCAGUGUUGCAUUGUUUCAGCCUUAAAACCGCGCUGUUGUGAACUGGAUUGCUGAUGUCUGAAAGGUGAUAUCGAGCGGGUGAUUUAAAUAGCAACACCACCUUUUCACCUUUAAACAUUUUACACGGACUGUGGUGAUUGUGUCGUCUUGAGCUGUGGUUCAUUACAAUGAAUACAAGUCUGUGAAUAUUUAGAAUUAACGGACAUUUCUGAUGAUGUAUCAUCUUAAAUUUAUUUACUUUAACAUAGUUCCAUUGUAGUGUAUACUGCGUCUUUGCUCCAUCUUGUAAAAAAACGAUUCAUGUGACUGAUUUACUGUCUUGGUUUCAUGAAAGAUUGUAGCUGUUACUGUAGUCACCAGGUCAACCAUAUUUAAUGAAAUAUAUUCUUAAUGUGGAGUUAAGCAUUUAAAUAUUUAUCUGUUCAAAUCUGAUAAAGUAGUGAUAGCAGAAAACUGUUUUUGUGCCUUGUUUGUGUGCCUUAUCUUUAGCUUCUGAAAGAUCAGCGAUUAGCCACAUCCGUUUGUUUCCCUUAAGAGUGUUUGAGAUUACUGCUUAAAGUUAUUGUGGCAUUAAGAAAAUGAAAGUCUUAUAGAGGAUGUGCUGUACCACUAAUAGUUUGGUUAUAGUGUAUAGUUCCUCUAAUAUUGUAGCUUAUUUGCUAGACAACACUGCAUUAAAUUCUGUUCAUAAACAAAACGUCAGCUGAAUUCAGCCCAGGUCAGUGUGCUGCUGCUACUGUAUCUGAUGGAUGUUUUGAUGUAUAUUUUAUCUUUAAAUGUCAAAACCUGCUUUAUACAUGCACAACUGAGUCAUAAUAAAGCUGUACAAUAUUCAAGGAA